GCGCAACACUCAGCAUGGCGGAUCGCGAGUGCCUGCGCUGGGGACUGCUCACCAAGCAAGGUGGAAGCGUUCGCACAUGGAAGAAGCGGUUCUUCAUCUUGACGAGGGAGAACGACGAGCUCAAGUUCUCAUAUUACAAGCCCAAGGGAGCGUCAACUGGGCGAAAGAAGAAGGCGUUUGCCUUUUUCAGUGGCAAGAAAGAGGCGCCCACCCCGCCCACGUCGCCCGCAGUGGACGACAAUCCCCACCUCUACACGGACGACCAUCCUCUCGGGUGCUUCUAUUUGAGCAGGCUGCAGUGCUUCCAUGUCUAUGAGAUGCCGGAGAAGGGCAAGCGCAUGCUUCGCAUCUUCGCAGAGCAGCGCGUUUUCUACAUGUUUGCCGACACGGACCAAGAGCUGGAACCGUGGAUCUAUGCGAUACGAGAGACGCUGCAAAGCAUCGACACAAAAGGCAACUUGGCUGCGCCCAUUCGCAUGAAAGGAGAACUAAAGAAGCGGCCGUCUCUUCGCCGAUGGUUUGUGCUGAGCGGGGAUGUGCUGCUGUAUUAUCCGCCCGACACACAAGCAACCGUCGACCCGCGAGGUGCGUUUGUGGUGGAAGGCGCCACAGCGUUCCCAAUCACCACCGAAUCUCCAAGCGCUUUUGACUUUGACAUCAGAUGCAAACGCCACACGCUGCGACUAUCUGCGCCGUCGUACCUUGAGCGCCAGCUGUGGCUGCAGCAUCUUGAGACUGCGGGCUGCACCGUGCUCCCCCACCCGCCACCAUCGCUGCCAUCAUCGUCGUCGCCAUCAUCAUCACCGCGUGGCGCUCGCAGACACAAUGGCCCAAACAUGGACAACAUGGACUCGGAUGCGAGUGAUGAUGACGAAAGUGAGGCGGGGUUACCGCCAGCACUGCGCACAUAUGAGAUUCCUGUCACGCGCGACGUGCGCGCCCGAACAGCGCCACCAGCAAAGACUAACUCAAUGCUGCCGACACGCGAUGCGUUCAACGUGUGGGCGGCGCCAACGUUCUUGGACGUUCACAACGCAUUUGAGCCUGCGUGCCUCGCCUCUCUUCUCAAGACAAGACAGCAGCAGGAGCUUCUGAACAUGAGCACGACGGGCAUGAACGCUGCGACCACGGGCACAUCGCCACCGUCAACAUCAUCGCAGCCAUCAUCAUCAUCAUCAUCAUCACAACCACCAUCGUCAUCGUCGUCGCGCCCCAACGGCGGGGAGCGGCCUGAUCUGCUGCGGCAAUCGCGCGUUGACUCUGUGGGCCUCAAGUCGCUCAGUGUUCGCUGGGCGCGCACAGCAUCGCAGCCGGCAUCGUCAGACACGCUGCAGCGCGCAAGGAAGAACAGGGGCGCGGCUGUUGGUGGUGGUGGUGGUGGUGGUGUUGGCGGCACGGCGAUGAAGGCUGUGAAGGAAGGUGUGGCGGUGGAGAGCGGUGGUCGUGGGGACCGCGUUGGUCAUGGUCAUGGUGUCGAGGAUGAUGGAGAUGAUAAACAGCAGCAGCAGCAGCAGCAGCAGCAACAACAGGAACAGGAGCAGCCGCAAGCGCCGCCACGACGACACCGCAGGUCAAAGCCUGGCCGCCCGUCCUCGUCAUCCUCGCCGUCGUCUUCGCCGCAACUACCACGUGCAUCACAACUACAACAACAACAACAACAACAACAACAACAACAACAACAUAAGAAAAAGGUGGCAGACUUGCCGCCGAGCAAUCCGUUCUCGCAGUCGGCGAUGGAACAACACGACCAGCAACAGCAGCAGCAACAGCAGCACCAGCAGCAGGAGCAGGAGCAGCAAUGCCAAUGACAGCGUGUGUGUGCAUGUGCGUCUGCAUCUUUGUCAUGUCAUGCUCUGCAAUACACAGAAAGUCGU